CACUUGCUGUAGGAGUCACGGCAGAGGGAUAGAGCUUGUCAGCUGAUUUACUGCACCCGAGCGUGGGGCGCAGGGGCAGAGCCCUGGGUACCCCCUUCCCCGCGAGCGGGGGCCAGGGCCGGGCCACGCACCGCAGACUGCGGCAAGAUCGGGGCUUGCCUGUGCAGGAGUGAAAGCAAAAUGGCAGGAAACAGCCUUGUUCUACCAAUCGUGCUUUGGGGUCGCAAAGCUCCCACACACUGCAUAUCAGCCAUACUGUUAAUGGAUGAUGUUUCAAUGAUUGUCACAGGAUGUCAUGAUGGACAGAUAUCUCUCUGGGACCUUUCAUUAAAUCUAGAAAUUAAUCCCAGAGCGCUGCUGUUUGGUCACACAGCUUCAAUUACAUGUUUGUCCAAAGCCUCUGCUUCCAGUGAAAAACAGUAUAUAGUGAGUGCAUCUGAAAGUGGGGAGAUGUGUCUGUGGGAUGUGAAUGAUGGGAGAUGUAUAGAAUUUACAAAACUCGCCUGCACCCAUACUGGAAUACAGUUCUACCAGUUCACAGUUGGGACUCAGCGUGAAGGCAGGCUACUGUGUCAUGGCCAUUACCCAGAAAUUCUUGUUGUGGAUGCUACCAGUCUCGAGGUUCUUUAUUCCUUAGUGUCAAAGAUUUCUCCCGACUGGAUCAGCUCCAUGAGCAUUAUUCGAUCCCAUAGAACACAAGAAGAUACUGUCGUAGCAGUUUCAGUGACUGGUAUUCUGAAAGUGUGGAUUGUAACUUCUGAAGUUAGUCGCAUGCAGGAUACGGACCCAGUAUUUGAGGAGGAGUCUAAACCAAUUUAUUGUCAGAACUGCCAAAGCAUUUCUUUCUGUGCAUUUACCCAAUGCUCACUUUUGGUAGUGUGCUCCAAAUACUGGAGGGUUUUUGAUGCUGGAGAUUAUUCCUUGUUAUGUUCAGUUCCCAGUGAAAAUGGACAAACGUGGACUGGUGGUGACUUUGUAUCAGCUGAUAAAGUGAUCAUAUGGACAGAAGAUGGACAAAGUUUUAUUUACAAACUACCAGCCAGUUGCCUACCAGCUAGUGAUACAUUUCGCAGUGAUGUGGGAAAAGCUGUUGAAAAUUUAAUUCCUCCUUUACUGUUCAGUGUAUUGGACCGAGCAGAUAAACAGCUGCUAAUUUGUCCCCCUGUUACUCGAUUCUUCUAUGGACGCAGGGAGUGUUUCCAUAAACUUCUAAUCCAGGGAGAUUCUUCAGGGAGACUGUGUAUUUGGAGUGUGCCAGAUACACUUGAACUGCAAGACAACACAGAAGGACUGCAAAUGACAACUUCAACUUCUUUGCAAGAAGCUUUUUGUAAACUUACUCCUCGUCCUGCUGGAAUUAUAGACCAAUUAAGCUUAAUACCAAACAGUAACGAACCACUUAAAGUUACAGCCAGCGUGUAUAUCCCAGCACAUGGACGCCUGGUUUGUGGUCGUGAAGAUGGAAGCAUUGUUAUUGUGCCAGCAACUCAAACUGCAAUAGUUCAGCUUCUGCAAGGAGAGCACAUGCUCAGGAGAGGCUGGCCACCUCACAGAAAUCUCCGGGCUCAUCGGAACAAAGUUACAUGUUUACUGUAUCCUCAUCAGGUCUCAUCUCGUUAUGACCAAAGAUACUUGAUCUCAGGUGGUGUGGAUUUCUCAGUCAUUAUAUGGGACAUCUUUUCUGGAGAAAUGAAACACAUCUUCUGUGUCCAUGGUGGAGAGAUUACACAGCUUCUAGUUCCACCAGAAAACUGUAGUGCAAGAGUCCAGCACUGCAUCUGCUCAGUAGCCAGUGACCAUUCAGUAGGACUUUUGAGUUUGCGAGAGAAAAAAUGCAUUAUGCUGGCAUCUCGUCACCUUUUCCCCAUUCAAGUAAUAAAGUGGAGGCCUUCAGAUGAUUACCUGGUGGUGGGAUGUGUAGACGGAUCUGUUUACGUCUGGCAAAUGGACACUGGUGCACUGGAUCGUUGUGUGAUGGGGAUAACGGCAGUUGAGAUCUUGAAUGCUUGUGAUGAGGCAGUUCCAGCUGCAGUAGAUUCCCUUAGUCACCCAGCCGUCAAUCUAAAACAGGCUAUGACUAGACGUAGCCUUGCUGCUCUAAAAAACGUGGCCCAUCAGAAACUACAGACUCUUGCUACUAACCUUCUGGCUUCGGAAGCAUCUGACAAAGGGAAUUUGCCUAAAUAUUCACACAAUUCUCUGAUGGUUCAAGCCAUAAAGACUAACCUAACAGAUCCAGAUAUACAUGUGCUUUUCUUUGAUGUAGAAGCUCUGAUUAUUCAGCUACUGACUGAAGAAGCCUCUAGGCCUAAUACUGCACUCAUUUCCCCAGAGAAUUUACAGAAAGCAUCUGGAAGUUCUGAUAAAGGGGGGUCUUUUCUGGCUGGCAAACGAGCAGCAGUGCUCUUCCAGCAAGUCAAGGAAACGAUCAAAGAGAACAUAAAAGAACAUCUUCUUGAUGAUGAAGAUGAGGAUGAAGACUCAGUGAGACAGAGAAGGGAAGACAGUGACCCAGAAUAUCGCUCCAGCAAAUCUAAACCAUUAACCCUAUUAGAAUAUAAUCUAACCAUGGACACAGCAAAGCUUUUUAUGUCCUGUCUUCAUGCCUGGGGUUUGAAUGAAGUUCUAGAUGAUGUUUGUCUUGAUCGUCUUGGCAUGCUUAAACCGCACUGUUCUGUGUCCUUUGGUCUGCUAUCUAGAGGAGGCCACAUGUCUCUGAUGCUUCCAGGAUAUAACCAGUCCAUAGGCAAACCAUCAUUUGGUAGUGUGGAAGUGGGAAGGAAAAUGUCCAUUACAGAGGGACUAGGAAGGGGGACAUAUGGAGUAUCACGUGCAGUCACUACUCAGCAUCUCCUAUCUAUUAUCUCUUUGGCGAAUACUUUGAUGAGUAUGACUAAUGCAACAUUUAUUGGAGACCAUAUGAAGAAGGGUCCAAUAAGGCCUCCUAGGCCAGGCACCCCAGAACUGUCUAAAAUGAAGGCUCCCCUACCAGCUUCCAGUAGUGCAGCUCAAGGGCAAAUUAAACAAGGAUGGAGUCAAUUAGCCGCUAUGCAUUGUGUUAUGCUUCCUGACCUGUUGGGACUGGAGAAAUUUAGACCUCCUCUUCUUGAGAUGCUAGCUCGCAGGUGGCAGGAUCGAUGCUUGGAGGUAAGGGAAGCUGCCCAGGCCUUGCUGUUAGCAGAACUGAGAAGAAUUGAACAGGCAGGGCGGAAAGAAACAAUUGAUGCUUGGGCUCCAUAUUUACCACAAUAUAUUGACAGUAUUAUAUCACCUGGAGUGACAGCGGAAGCCAUUCAGACUGGUAGUGCAAGUCCAGAUUCAUCAGGGUCAGAAGCCAAAGUUCAGGAAGAAGAGCAUGAUCUUGUUGAUGAUGACGUAACAGCAGGUUGUCUGUCUGGUCUCCCACAAAUGAAAAAAAUAUCUACAUCUUAUGAAGAGAGACGGAAGCAAGCCACUGCUAUUGUCUUGCUAGGAGUGAUCGGAGCAGAAUUUGGAGCUGAAAUUGAACCUCCAAAACUGUUGACAAGGCCACGCAGUUCCAGUCAAAUUCCUGAGGGAUUUGGUUUAACUAGUGGUGGAUCAAACUAUUCCUUGGCAAGACAUACUUGUAAAGCUUUGACAUUCCUUCUGCUGCAACCACCAAGCCCCAAACUUCCUCCACACAGCACCAUCCGCAGAACUGCCAUUGAUCUGAUUGGGCGAGGUUUUACAGUAUGGGAGCCUUACAUGGAUGUCUCCGCUGUAUUAAUGGGCCUUUUGGAGCUCUGUGCUGAUGCUGAGAAGCAACUUUCAAACAUCACAAUGGGGCUGCCUCUGAGUCCAGCAGCUGACUCCGCCCGCUCUGCACGACAUGCUCUCUCGCUCAUUGCCACUGCCAGACCACCCGCCUUCAUAACAACUAUCGCCAAGGAGGUGCAUAGACACACUGCGCUGGCAGCAAACACUCAGUCUCAACAGAAUAUUCACACCACAGCUCUUGCUCGGGCUAAAGGAGAGAUCCUAAGAGUCAUCGAAAUACUAAUAGAUAAAAUGCCCACAGAUGUUGUGGAUCUUCUUGUAGAGGUUAUGGACAUCCUCAUGUACUGCCUUGAAGGAUCCUUAGUCAAAAAAAAGGGACUUCAGGAAUGCUUUCCAGCCAUCUGCAGGUUCUACAUGGUCAGCUAUUAUGAGCGGAGUCACAGAAUAGCAGUUGGAGCGCGCCAUGGUUCAGUGGCCCUGUACGACAUCCGGACUGGAAAAUGUCAGACUAUCCAUGGCCAUAAAGGGCCAAUAACGGCUGUGGCUUUUGCUCCUGAUGGACGGUACCUUGCCACUUAUUCCAACACAGACAGUCACAUCUCCUUUUGGCAGAUGAACACCUCUCUUUUGGGAAGUAUUGGAAUGCUGAAUUCUGCACCUCAGCUCCGCUGUAUUAAAACAUACCAGGUGCCUCCUGUCCAGCCUGCCUCACCAGGUUCACACAAUGCACUCAAAUUGGCACGGCUGAUCUGGACUUCCAAUCGCAAUGUUAUUCUUAUGGCUCAUGAUGGCAAAGAACAUCGAUUUAUGGUCUAGAGUCAGGUUCUCUAUUGCUAGAUAUACAUUUUUUUGUUGUAAAAUUCCCUGUAAUUCUUUCUCUGUUCUUUUGUAACACUGGAUUACCCACACCAGUGCCUAUAUAAAUCAUCCAGUGGGACCAGCCAGACUGCAACAUUUCUGCAUGGUUCCCUAGAGCAGAAUCUUGCUUGUGCCAGCUAUUGAUUCAGAGGUAUGCCCACCAGCUCAACCAAGUGUGGUUAUUCUAUCAUCAUGUAGUUUUUCCUUGCUGUUAAUAGGAGGGACGAAGAUGGCUAUUGGGAAUGCUCUUGUUGCUUGGUGCAACAGAAGCUGAAAAAAAUCAGUAACACUGAGGUUGCGCUCCUUGACUAGAUCAGCAUUUUCAGGAAUCAUACCCCAAUCUCUGAAGUUGGGCUGAAUCAAGUCACUUUUGCAUUUUAGACUGAAGUAAUGCAGAGCAGUCCUAAUUAUAAAUAUUAUUUUCCUUUUGAAGUUCUUAAAGAAUCUUAUUGUUUACCAAAAAGGUUCUAUGUUUACAUGUACUUUCUUCUAGUGACUAUAGGGUGAUCAGUGGGUGAGGUGUCAUAGGCUUUAGCAGUUAGCUUCUUGGGGAUAACUGCCAUGGGAUUCCUGAGAAAGUAUAUGAGGAAGUAGGUUUUCAGGACAAGAGUAGCCUUUGUUCUCAUUUUGAAGAAGCAUAUUUCCUCAGAUAAAGUUUAAAUUCUUGAUUGAAUUGGAAGUUAUGGCAUACUAGGUCAUUGUUUUUGUGACCUGGAAGAAAGAAUUGAGCAGUCAACAUGUAAAUACCAAGAAUCUCUUAAAGAGGGGGAAAGGAAACUUGAAAAAAAGAAUACUUAUGCACAAAGGUGUGUUUUUUCUGUAUUCCCUUUGCUUCUACUGCAGCUAUUUAUAUUUUAAAAAGAGCUUUCUCUUUCCCACUGGUGCUGGAACUUGCAGGGAAAUGAGAAUCCUGCAUUUAUGCCAUCACAUCCUGUUGCUGUAUAAAUUAUUGCAGUGUUGCAAACUCACAGUUUGGCUUCAUUGAAGGAUUGAGGAGUAAAAAUGCAAAUAUGCUUGAUGGAAACACAGAUAUCAUUGAUAUUGAGCAACUGAAAAAUUAUGGCAAAUAUGUAAAAGGUGAGUUAGUUGUUAUUUGAGUCCAAUAUAUUUAAACAUUUUCCCCAGUAAGAGAAUUCUUCUGUAAUGUUGUCAUUGUUCACAUUUUCCCUCUUUCUUACAUAUCUAAUUUUGUGAAAUAUCUAAUAAUGUGAAAAAUAUGCUGGUUUAUGUGUAAAGUAAAACAAAAAUCCAAAAAAUACUAUUUUAUUUAAAUGUAUUAAUAUAAGUGUUUGUACAGCUUUUAGUUUCUUUGCCAUUUUUGUCUGGAAAGCUCACAAAAGAGAGAAGGCUCACAUUAAAUGAUGACACAUAACGUUAAAGGUGGGACUUGCCAGAAAAUCCAACAGAAUGGGAAUAAAUGAACAAAGAAAAUAAUGGCUUCUAAAUUUCAAAUGCAUUUUUUUCUAGCGGCAGUCUGUAUAGUACACUAUACAUGAAAGUAGGAUCUACAGUCCAGUAUCAACAUAUCUGUUGUUUACUAUAAUUUUUACGAACAAAGUAAGAAAUUAAGACCAUUAGGAAUGUUUAUCUCAUAUUGCUGUAAAUUUUAUUCUUUCCAACUAUGGCAAGGCUGUAGUAUAUAGUGGUGGUAAAAUUCUGUAGUAGAAUUUUUGAUGCUUUUCUGUAAAGUAAACUUAUACAACAUGCAUGUACAUUGUAUUUAUAAAGAGAGAGAUAUGUAGGCCUCCAUGACAAGAAGCAAAGAAAUACACAGCAUAUACACGAUUUGUCUGUAGAAUCAAAUGCUAUAGUGCUACAUUUAAGUACAGGCAUAUGAGGAAAAUUAAAAGGUACAUUUUAUUCAUUCUUCCAUAGGCAUUCCAAAGUCAUAUUUACUUAUGUUAUAAUAUUUUUCAAGUACAUAUAUGUAAAAGCUAAAUGGAAACACAUUAGCACUGGAUAUGCUAAAGAAGAUUUUCUUUAGUAUGCAGUAAAAUAUCUUGCAUUACAUGUAUAAUAAAAAGUUUGCUUUAAACUAUAAAUUUAAUGGAUUACAAAAAAUUGUAAAAGAAAGGGGGCAAUCUACUUCCAGUACUGAACAAUAGUUAAAUGUAGCAAAAGCUAAAUUAGCAAAAUUUUCAGAAGAUUAUGACAACUUCUGCAAAUGUUUUAUACAAUACAUCUAGCGCAACAGUCAGGAUUACACUCUAAUGUGGAGUUAGUGUUAGUUGGCUAGAAAACACAGUAAUGCUUAGGGGGUGGAAAUAGAUUAUCUCACCGCUUAACUAAUAUUUGCACAUUAGUUAAACACAAAUCUCCAUUUCAGUGACUUUGUCAACCCUACUCCCAAAUUUCAUCACAGAUUAGAUUUCUCAGCACUGCAGUAAAAUUUGUGUUGUCAUUCCAGUGUAAGCUUUUAGUAUUUUAUUGAUUUGUUAGUACUGUAUUUGGACUUGUCCUUGUAAAUGUGGAGACAUAUGUGGCUUUAUUGGCGGUUUACAAGCUAAAGAUGACAUGAUGAGAUAACUGUAUGAAAAUGUUGUAAUGAUUGAAGUCACUGUGUAUGGUAAAUGAUGAAAAUGUUUGCCUCUCAAGAAAUUUCUUGAUGAUUCCACUUAAAUGCUACCGUAUGUACUAAUGCUAUGUACAUAUGUUUGUGAAAUAAAAACUGAAUAGUAUUGAAGGA